AUGAUAUUAAAUUCAAUAGCAUCUAUUGCCUUCUUAUAGUUGAAAGAUUAAUUGAAUUCAAUAUUCUUCAAGAAGAACAUAGUAGUGAGAAUUUAUUUUAUGUUCUUGAUAAACUUUUUAAAGAUUUUGACUGAAUACCCAAUUGGCAAUUUAGUUAACAAAAUUGAAAACUAUAGAUAUUUAUUUUAUAAUGUAAAUAUAUAUUAUCUCUUGUUUUUGAUUCCUAUGAAUGUCAAGAAUAACAGAUUGUCUAGAGAGAAAUAAGACAGUUAUUAGAUCCUUUAUUGA